UACUGUCCUCAGGCUUACCUGAGCCACAACUGCAGAAACGCUGGACCCCCCUCCUCCACACACACAUACACACACUUGUGCUCUCUCUGUCUCUCUCUCAUACACACACACACAUUCAGCUUUUCACCUGGAGAGAGCAGACGCAAGGGACGGCAUGUGCAUCAGCAGCAGCAGUCUCUCCUCACAUCUAGUGCUGCCUCUCUGAGUUGCCUCUUUCUGGAGUGUGGAGAGGAACUCUGAAAAGAGAUUUUGGAGCCAUUGUCCCUUGGCGAAAUCAGGCGAGACGGGGGCAGUGAGGGAACACUUGUCAACCCAGGGACACCAAAGGCAACACACAUCAUGAUUUUGGGAGGCAUAAACCGGGCCGGGGCGGCAGUGCCGACAUUCUUGAGGACCCCCACCAUGCUCCAGCCCCACCUGGACAUGAAGCACUUCAUUUCACACCUGCAGUUCCCCAUGGAAACCGCCCAUCAUCCGCACAGCAUGAACCUCUUUCACAACUUCAACACGAUGGAUCCGGUGCAAAAGGCCGUGAUCAACCACACCUUUGGAGUUCCACUGGUCAAGACCAAGCGGCCGGUCAUCUCAUGUAACGUCUGCCAGAUCCGCUUCAACUCAGAGAGCCAGGCAGAAGCCCAUUACAAAGGAAACCGGCAUGCCAGGAGAGUCAAAGGCAUCGAGACCUCUAAAAGUCGCCCUCAGGAGGGGGACAAGCCUCACACUGUGCCCCCCACCUCCUCCCCUUCUCCACCCGGCGCCCUUGGCCCCGCCACAGACAACGAGCCCAGCAAAGCGGGUGAGACAUCAGAAAAUAUAAAACAUGAUGAAACACGACCUCUGUCACAAUUAACCGUGCCCCUGCUGGCCCCGGGGCCCCUUACCCCUCUUAUCGACCCGCCUGCCAUACCCAUGGACUGCUCCAUGCCCUCGGUGUGCCCCCUCCUGCCCACCCCUACUCCUCCUCUGAUCCCACCGUCGUCAUCCUCCCCCGGCUGCGGCACUGGCAGCCCCAGCUCAGAGCAGCCUGGAUCUGGACCCCCUGUUUCAGGAGCCGUCGGCAGCACGGCCCCCAGCCCGUCCAAUCCAGAGACAGAGGAGGACAAGGCCAAGAAGCUGCUGUACUGCUCACUGUGCAAGGUGGCUGUCAACUCCCUGUCACAGCUGGAGGCCCACAACAAAGGUACCAAACACAAAACUAUCCUGGAGGCACGGAGCGGGCUGGGCCCCAUCAAGGCGUAUCCUCGUCUGGGCCCCAAGCCCAUUGGAGAGCAGGCGGGGGGGCCGGUGGACCCCAACACUCAGGAACGAACCUUCCACUGUGAGAUCUGCAAUGUGCGGGUCAACUCUGAACUGCAACUCAAACAGCACAUAUCAAGUCGAAGGCACCGGGACGGCAUGGCAGGCAAGCCUAAUCCCCUCCUCAGCCGACAUAAGAAGCACAGGAUAGCUGAUCUGACGUCUUCUUUGACCUUCUCCAAAGAUCUCUCCAAAGCUUUGGGUGCAGGGCUUUUGCCCAGCCCCUUGGCUGUUGCUGCAGCAAUGGCCGCUGCAGCGUCCUCGAACCAGUUGGCUCUCCGUGCAGCAGUUCCGGGGCACCACCACCACCAUCACCUUUUGCAAGGCCCGCCUCUCAGCCACGCCAUCCUGAGACCCGCGCCCGGGCCCAUGCGCACCACCCACGGGCCAAUACUGUUCUCCCCCUACUGACUAAUCACCCCCUGACUUCGGCCAGUCAGGAACAGCCACUCCAAAAGCACACUGUGAAGAUACAAACAUGAUCAACAAACAACAAUUGAUAAGGGGAAAAAAUCCAACCAUUUAAAUAUUGAACAUAGACAAAUGCAAGGGAAAGGAGCGGUGGAAUGAGUUAAAUUGUGUUUCUUCCCUUUACCAGAAACUUUCCCUCCAUUUCAAAGACUUCCGAGUGAUCCGUGGAUGGACUGAGCUGAGGAGAACAUUUUCAUUAUGCAUUGAACUCCCUUGAACAUCUCUCACCUCCCCUGGUUCCUCUCCCUUGCACUGUGGCCCUGUCAUGGCCGCCUCAAUAGCUACAGAACAAACUCAUGCACACCUUUCAAGAAACAUUAAACCACAUGUAGUGUUACAAAAUUAUUCUGGGCCCGGUUGGUUUUCUCCUGUCAUCACGACUCAACGUGUUCUUCUCAUCCUAUGCACCUCAAAACCAAGACAAUAAUGUUAUGUCAGUAGGGUAGCUGCUUCAAUCGGUCUUCGCUGUUUGCGGCACAUGUAGCUGUGGUGACCUUCACAGCACUAAACAUGACCCCUUCUGCGCCAGAGGCCAACAACUUUGUGACAUUAGGUCUUUGCUAGAUACAACAUGACUUGUCUGACAGGCAGGUGGUAGUCUGAUGGUGGGAGGGGGUUAAAAGAGCAGAAAAGUGACUGUGGGGUAUUGCACACCCCCGUCAUUUCCUGAGACUGCGAGGUGAGAGGAGGGCUGGCACGGGUCAGAGGAUGAAUUGACCUCCGGCAGCAUGCAGACGCACACAGGCCCAAACAAAUCUUUGUUCUAAAAUAGACUGCACCAACAAAAAACGCUACAGGGCACAUGUGUCAACAUCUAUAUCAGUCAGAGAAGGGCCUCACUUAAGGGGGAAAAAAGGAUGUGAGAAACAGCAGAAGAUGCAUUGGUACAUACUGUACUGCAGUAUUUGAUACAUGAUCUAUAUUUUUUGCUUUAAUUGGUGGCAAGAAUCUGUUCUUUUACUUACAGUCAAGAGAGAUGUAUGAGAGAGCAUAGUUCAUAUAUUUAUUUGAUGAGACGUCAGUUCAUAUUAAGCCAUAAAAAGGAAAGUUAUUGACCUCCUCACUUCACCUUGGUCUUUAUUCGCAGGCUGAUUCACUGUGUAGGUGGGGUGGUAUGACUAGGUGUGACCCUCUGUACUGAUGUAUUUAUGACGUUUCUGCAUGCGGCCUCGUUAUAAGAUCCUGCAAGGUCAGGCUUCUGCAUCAUUGGGUUGAACUCUUCCAUUAGCUGCCGUAUCCUCCUCCUCUUUCUCACUUCCCCCAUCUCCAAAGGUUCACAUGAGUCUGUAGCAGGGGGCACAUCAGCAGUGGCAACCAUAAUGCUCAAAGCGAACAAAUUAAAGAGAGGAAGUUGAAAGCCAAAUACGUUCUUGGAAAAAUAAUCUUGAGCUGGAGUGACAACCGAGCCAGAAGCCCAGCGAGGCUUCGGAGGGCUGCGAGCCGAGACGUCCGGCUCGAAGCAUCUACGAUUCUUCCCGUCUUACAAGUGAAAGCCAUGAAAUGCACCAUGAUUUGUUUUCUUUUACAAAGACUGGUGAGCACUUUGUUUUGUUUGGUUCGGACUGUUGGUUUGCAUUUAUAUCACACAUAAAAAAGAGCAAAAUAGGAAUCCCAAUAACAAUAUUUUUGUAGGUAGCAAAUGUUAAAAACUGCAGGGUGGAAUUAUAGGAUGGUGGAUUAUAUAAGAGUCGACCCAGACAGAGUGUAAGCAGACCACCUGACUCUGCAGAGAGACAGACAGAAGCUAGCUAAGCAGCGGCAGUAAACCUUUUUUGCUCGACAUCAACCUUUUCUGAACGAGAUGUACACUGUGCCCUUUCAUUGAGAAGCAAUGAGCUCUAAUGUCUUACCUUUGUCUGAAUAUUGCAAUGCAAUGAGCAAUUUUUAUCAGAGUGACUUGUUAUCAUUGUGACAUGUUUUCUGGAGUCAUGUAUAAACUGGGAGUACACCAGCUGACAGCCUUUUCUGUUCUUCCAUGAGGAGUACAGGUCCUCGAAAGGCUUCAGAGAGGGACAGAGAGAUGGGGGGUGUAGCUGGGUUUAGGGACCGACCCUUCAUAUUAAAGGGCCUUUUUACUUUGGUAAUCUCUGCUUUGGGAACAGGGUACAACACCAGGUAUCAAGGGAUUAAAGCUAGAAUUGUUCAACAUGCUUACUUUCAGUUGAAUCUGAGGUGCAUUUUUUUCUGUGUGUGAGAAAUGUGUUUAAGUGAAAAUCCUGAGGAUCAUUAUAAAUGCCAUGACUUAAAGAAGAAGCUGACUUGUCAGCUUCCACCGUUGUGCUCUUUUUGUUGCUGAACAAAACUUUUUGUUGCUGAGUUCAUUUUGUGAGUAAGAUACUAUUCCAGGAUCCGUGCUCUCUUUCCUGUUGGUGUGUGUACCAUAUGUAUUUUAGUGUGUGUUGGGACCUGCUCUAUCCCCACCUCCCUACAAUCUGAGACAAAGGCAACAUGGAGCUAUAAUGUGGCCUAACACAAUAAUGGAGACAAAAACCUGCAUGUUUUGUUUUGAAAAUAUUGAUCAGUCAUCCUGGAUUCUCGAUUCUUGAUCAAUAAGCCAAAUCAAAACAGUGCAGUCUUGUCCCUGGUAGGUCUGUCAAGUAGCAGCACUGCGGAUAUGUUCAUUCUGUGGUUAUUCCCACUAUUUCAUCCUCAUUAUUCACAUUAUGGGAAAUAAAUGUUAGAUUCCUACUUUCUGGGAAGGUAUUUCAUGUUAGCUGUGUUUAGGCUACUAGCCUUAGCCUUAUUCUGCCCUCAGCCUCUCUCAUAUCAGAGAGACAGAGAGAGAUGGAGAGGCUUUGGUGUAAUUUUGUCUUGCCAAUAAAGUUAUUUUUGAAUUUCAUUGUCAGAGGGGACAAAGAGUUUGUAUGGCGAACUGUAGCAAUACCUGACUCAUUCUGGCUACUCUUGUUUAUUGCAAUAAGAAGAUUUAACAAUAAAUGUGUAUGUGAGUAAAACAUUAUAAAUGUAAUUUAAAUGAAAAAGAAACGUUAUGGUAAAUACUAUUGGUAUCAAGAGAAACCAUGGUGGGAAAAAAGUAAAUGUCAAUAAAUCAUUUAAUGAAA